CUUGCAGAUACCAACGCUCUACCAAGCCUGAAAGAACUCCUGGAAUCUGUUCCAAACACAGAUAAAAGGACCUGGGACCUGUUUAGUUGGAUUCUGUCAUCAAAGGUCUUCGUGAUACAAAGUACUAAGAAACAGGAGUACGAGAAGAUCCAGGAACUCACAGGGAUGUCUGGGGCUGCAGUUCCUGCUCCAGACUACCUCUUUGAGAUCGUGUAUUGUGAUCAGAUGAACGCCAAGUUUGCUGAGACCAAGGGAGAGCGGGACCUCAUCUAUGCCUUCCACGGGAGCCGCCUGGAGAACUUCCAUUCCAUACUGCACAACGGCCUGCACUGCCAUUUGAACAGGACAUCCCUGUUUGGUGAAGGCACCUACCUGACCAGUGACCUGAGCCUGGCUCUGCUUUACAGCCCUCACGGUCUCGGCUGGCAGCGAAGCGCUCUGGGCUCUAUCCUCAGCUGUGUGGCUGUUUGUGAGAUCAUUGACCACCCUGAUGUAAAGUGUCAGGUGAAAAAGAAAGAUUCAGCAGAAAUAGACAGAAAAAGAGCAAGAGUGAAAAACAGUGAAGGGGGAGAUGUACCACAGAAAUACUUUGUCGUCACAAACAACCAGCUUUUACGAGUGAAGUACUUGCUAGUGUAUUCACAGAAACAGCAUAGGAGUCAAUCUUCCUGGUUUUACACCCACCGAUUUGCCAUAAUGAUGAUGCUGUAUCUGCUGCUGCUCGUAGUGAUAGGGGCCAGCAACUCGCCAACCUUUGUCUACUACUGGCAUAAAAUGUUUGACUCGGAGAGAUGA